AACACUCCAUAUACAUAAAAUUACUAUAAACAAGAGUUACUCAAAUAUUAAAUGCACGGAAUUGAUACUGUAUAUUUACAGUGAAAUUAACUAACUCGAUUAAAAAAAAUGAAGUUUUCACUUCUCCUGGGAUUUUGUUGAAUCUAUCUCUAUAUACGUAGGUAUAUGCGUGCAUGUACAUGCAAAGUAGUAAGUUGAAACUUGAAACACAAUAAUAUUUUUGUGGAGGAAUCCUCGUAAUCACUUAUACUCAUGUUAUUUUCAUGUCUGAUUUUUCGUUUUAGUAGUUGUAAGUAAUAAAUAUAAUUUGCAUAUGAUAUUAAUUAGGCCUGUGCUGGACCAAAACUUGUACUACUUUGGCAUGGAGUAUACAUUUGCAACAUUUGCAUCAGCCACAGUCAACGUCUUGCCUGCCAUCACUUUCAUCAUGGCUGUUGUUUUCAGGUUGGAGAAGGUGAAGUUGAAAAAAGUGCAUAGUUUGGCAAAAGUGAUAGGCAGACUAAUAACGGUGAUGGGAGCGAUGGUGAUUGUUGAAGGAUGUGAAGAGGCACAACCUCAAGCUAAAGUUGCAGUGAUGGAGGAUCAGAAAGCUGGUACUAAAAGUGAUGAAUCGAUGCAUUCCAUUGGUGCUCAAGAUCCACGCAAGACCAGAUGUACUGGAUUCGUAUCACUUGGAUGCAUAGCUGGAAAGAAUCCAGCUAAUGUGAAGGACCACAAGCUCUCAUAUAGGGACAUGGCUGUACAAGUGAUUGCAAGUGAUGACGUUGUACAAGGGCCCCGUAGUCGACAUACUCUCACGGAAGCGGCCACAAAGCAGCCGCAGUCGACAGCGACCAGCACUGGGUCACCGGCACCAUCAUGCUGCUUUCAUGUAUUGUGGGAUGGGCUGCCUUCUUUAUCGUACAAAACAAAACGUUGGAGGAGUAUCCGGUUGAGCUGUCAUUGUCAUCUCUGCUUGAUUGGAGCAGGCAUCAUUGUGGUUGGGCUUUACUCGGUGGUUUGGGGUAAAAGUAGAGAGAGAUCGGCUGCUCAUAAUUCAGACAACAAACAUAGCUACAUCAAUGAUGAUCAAUUGCCUGUCUCAGACAUGAAAACAUCAGACCAAAUUGAUCAUCAAACUACUCCAAAAUCCUUGCACGUAGCAGAGCCAUGAAAGCCAUGCAGAAUAUACAUAUAUAUGUGUAUGGGAGAUGAAGGCAGUAUGUGAAUAUCUUACAAUCUCAAUGUUAUUGUAUUAAGGGAAUAUAUACCUUAU